AAAGAAAAAUACUUUGCUUCGUAGUUGAAGACAAGCCUGAAAAUCCCUAAACCAAAACCUCUCUCUCUCUGUCUUCUCCUCUGAGAGUACUCUCACUCAUUUUCCCAAGGCGAUGAGUAUCCCAAUGGAGCUGAUGUCAAUCAGAAACCCUAACUCAACCUUCCUCCACAGGCCUCACUCUCAUCCCCCCGCCACGCUUCGCUCUCUCCGUUUCCAACACCUUCCUAACCAACGCCACCAUCUCACCUCUCCAUCUCUCGUUUCUUGUACUGGUCUACGUCUCCGGUUUACCUCAGAUACCAAGCUUAACCGCUCCUUCGUCGCCUUCGCCGCUUCCCACGAGGAUUCGGAGCCAUCAGAUGUUGAGGUGGAGAAGGAGAAGAGUGUAGUAGACGGUGAUGACAAUGAUAGUACAUCUCAGGAAGCGUGGAAGCAAACCCUUGCGUCUGUCAAAGAGCAGGUCUCGAAGAUUCAGAGCGUGUCCUCGGAAGCCUACAAUGUGAACUCCCAAAAGGCGAUGACCAUUUUGAAAGAUACUUCCGAGCAGCUUAGGAUUCAGGCGGAGAAGGCCAAAGAGGAGUUGGGGACAAAGGCUAAAGAGGUUGGGGAGGAAGGUAGAGAGUAUAUUUUGAAAGCAGCGGAGGAGUCUCCUUCUGAUGUGAAGGAGAUCGUUGAAGCUUUCUCUUCCACUGAGGAUCUGAGGGAUGUGUCGAGAACUCAAGAUUUUCAUGUUGGGAUACCUUAUGGUCUGCUUUUGUUUGUGGGUGGGUUUCUUUCAUUUAUGAUAUCUGGAAGCAUUCCUGCUAUCAGGUUUGGUGUCAUUCUUGGUGGAGCUCUUUUUGCACUGAGCAUGGCGAGUCUAAAGGCUCAGAGGCUUGGAGAAUCAUCUGCAAAGUUCUUAAAAGGACAGAUGGCUAUAGUGGCAAUCAUAUUUUUGAGAGAGUUGAAGUUGGUGCUUUUUCAGAGAUCUACGUUCAUGGGGUUUUUGACCACCCUUACGAGUGGCGGUGUGUUGGCGUUUUAUGGGUACAAGUUGGUGAGCAACAAAGAGAAGGGCCCAAACAAAGAACAAGGUGGAGAAGAAGAUGAAACAAGCGAAGGGUUUGCAAGUAGAGAAGGAUAGAGAAAUGGUAACAUGAGCAUCAUACUCUGUUAUAGUGAUAUCCGAACUCUAUAUUCUCUCUUUUAAGUUUGUGUACAACUUUUGUGAUCAAUCAUCUUUUCUAAACUUC